CUUAACUGAACUCGACUAAUGUUCUCAGAACAAAUCAAUCUUAGGCUCGAAAACUAAAAUUUUCCGAACUGCUCGAACCGGCCGAUCCGCGCUCGGAAACCAGUACAUAUUAGAUUGAAGAACUGGUUUUGCCAUUGAGGACGGCAAUGCCACUUUCUUCUUCUUCAAAGCCCCCUUCUCUCUCCAAGCUUCCUACAGGCUAUGCGAAACUUGAAUCCAACCCCAAGCCCGGGCUGACCACCGUCCCGCCGAAUUCGGCGUCCUAUUCAUCUGCUGCUCCCCCACCGCCGCCGGAGAAGAGGACACGAGACCAGCCUAAUUACUCCAACUGCCACUGCUGUGGCCACCGGAUCAACAGCACAAACCCUAGGGACCGCCUGCAACCCCUGAACAGCGUCUGGCGCAUCGUCCUUCUCUGCAGAAAGUGCCGCAGGAAUGUUCACUCCGGCCAAACGUGCCCUUAUUGUUUCCGAGGAACAGGGAAUUCGGGCGGGGGGUUGGAGAGGUUUAGUGUUUGCAUCGAUUGCUGGGUUCCGGAGUUGCUUAAGAACUCGGUUAUGAUUUGUAGGAGGAGUGAGAAUAGCGGAAGGUCAAAAGAGAAUGGAAAAGAACAUGAGGCGGAGAAGAAGGUGCCGCCUAGCAGGGCCAAGGUUGGGAAGAAGAAUGUGGAAGAUUCGGAAAGCCUGGAGACUAACAAUUUGAGUUGUGGUGGUACGUUAGAAGUGGUGGAUGAUGCCAAACUUGCAAUUCAAUUGCACAGAGCCAUUAACAGUUCACCGAGGAAUUUGAGGGGUGGGGAUUUGGCUAAAAACUCGAGUGAUUUAGAUGUUUCUUGUAUCAUGAAUUGGAGUGGGGUAUCCUAUAAGAGAUCCCAUCUGGGAAAAAACAACAUUGAAGAUCAGAAAAUUGGGAGAUGUGCUAAUAUUGCACAGAAUGAAAGGAUGACUUGGCUUGGGAACAUUGAUUAUCGUUUUGAUUCGGCUGAGGUAAGUCAAGGACUGAAAUGUUACAAGCGAGAUAAAACUAGGAAAAUAUGGAAGUUAACCGAAGACAAUGCCAUGGCAUAUGAAGCUAUAUCUAGCCCGCAUGAUAUUGGCAUAUUGGAGGCUUCAAUAUCUGGCGAUGCUGAUCGAAAUAGAGUAGACAGAUAUGGGAAGGAGCUCUUAAGUUACAGGCGCUGUGGGUCUAAACGGAAGCUUUUCCAAGAAAGUGGUAUUGGUGUUUCUGGAGAAAGCAACUCUCAGGAUAACCAUGAAGCGAACUUCAAACCCGAUUUUUCUCAAAUGGAUGAUGGAGGGUUUAGAUUAGGUUGUCAAAUUAAAAGUGAUGAUACUGAGGUGAUUUUGCCAAAUGAGUGUUGCAUUGUGGAUCGGGACCGUUUUCUUCUGAAGUAUGGUAAGAGAGGUAGAGGAACCAAAUCUGAGUCAUGUUUCCAGCAUUUUAGUAACCUUCUGAGUCAGAAUCAGACAUCUCAAAGUAAUUUGAAUAAACUGGAGGCUGUUUUGACUAAAGACUGUGCUCAUGGCAGCAUCAUAAUUGAAGAGAGCUACAGAAAUUUGCCUCAAGCUUUCUGCACUAUGACUCUUUUGAGUGAAAAUCAAUCCUCUUUGCGUGAUUUAGAUGAUAACUCUGCGGUGAAAGUUGAUGGCACAUUAAGUUUGCAACUUGGGAAUGUUAAUCAGGACUCUGAUCGCUAAUAUUGUCAGUACAUUAAGAGGGUCGAAGGCACCAUGAUUGGCUCAAUUUUUGGAGCUAUGUUACAUUCUGGCAUUUUUCUUAAAGAAAUUGAGGCCUCUUCUUAUGGAUUGACAUUUUACUCCAAACUGUUACAUUUGACUCCUUUACUGUUGCUCUGCCUUAGUCAACAGUGAUCGAGCAAAUCCAUCUUCGUACGUUUGUUACGACACAUAAUAUUUUCUUCAAUGCAGAUGAGGUGUUGACCCCACCAAGGUUUAUAGCUUCAAAUUUACUAGGUAUUUCUUAUUCCUUUAUUUGAGUCGGUGGUAACUGUAAAAAGUUUGCAAGAUAGAGAAACACCUUUAUUUGAAUGCUCUUUCAGAUAGUAAUGGAUACUACUGAGCUACAUGCUCGUGGUAAAAUAGAGUAUCUCUUGUUGUAUUAAUGUCCUUGAAAAACAAAAAAGAACCUGUUUGUCAUUGUUAUACUGUUAUAGUUGUCUUUGGUGAUAUUGGCUGUUGUUUUCCUCGACUAUAGGUGUCUUUGACUUAAGUUAUAUACUUGUAUGUAGUUCGGCGGUGUUUAUUUUCUUGCGACACUAUGGAUCUCUUGACUCAAGGUAUUGCAAACAGUGUUCAAUAAAAUUAAUCUGUGCGGUAAUGACAUAAGUAGAUAUAUAAAGAUAUAAAACAGAGUUACUGAAAAUUUGCCUACUCUUCAGCAAUUUGCUUGACCUGUUGAUGUAAAAGACUUUUUUUCAUCAUCGUUUCUCGUAAUUUUUCCUGAGGAACUGGACAGAAAUGUCACCUAGGGCUGCUAGACAAUGUCAAAUGCAGCUUGUUGGAAGAGAAUAUUGGAGGAUAUGCAAUUAAAAAUGGGAUUAUCAUUUGUAAUGAGAACCACAUUUAUCGGCUGACAACUCUGUACUUAUACCUUAACUAGUACGUAGUCCGUGCGAUUCACAGAACAAUAAAUUGUAUAAAUUAAAGCAAGAAGGAUAUUGAUUUGUAUAAAAAUAGUUUCGAAU